CAGAGCGGCCAGUGCCGCGGCGCGCCCGUCACCGUUGUGACUCAGGCGCGCGAGAACCGUCUCGACAACGCCCUGCCCGGGGGGCGCCCGUCAUCGCAUCGUGCGGAGCAGUGCGGUCGUGUGUCACUUUGCAUUCUCACGUUGAUGGAGGCCGUGUUCGUGUUCGCGAGCCUUAUUGUCCCCGCGUAUUGGCGCGCCGUGUGAACCGCGUUUAACGGCCCGGGCGUUUGCGUCGUCGUCGUGGUCGUCGCCAGGAGGGUGCGCCGCGGGCCCGCGGGGCGGUGCUGCAGCCGAUCAGCUGGGCGCUGGCGCCGCCGCUCUCCAGGGCAGCGGGCUUCGUUGUCCGCGGCCGCGCAACGCCCGCGAGGCGCGAAGGUGUGGCCGCGCCGCGGUCGCCUAGAUAGCGCGAUACGAGCCGUGCGACAGAGAGAGACAGUGGUUGGACGGUGGCGCCGCGGCGGCGCGCGCUCGAACUAGAGACUCUCGCGUGCUGGUGGGGCCGGCCGGGCGGCGGCCGCGCGGGGUUCGGCUCCCAGGCUUGCCAGAUGUGGCAUUUUCCGGCCAUUGUGGCCGUUUGGAAGGGCCGAUGGCAGGAGGAAUUUUGGGUGGCCGCGGCCACGGCAAAAUGUGGCCGUUUCGACCGGACGCGGCCGAUAUCUGUAUUUACGGAAAAGGAGGGCAAAAAAAAGGGCCUUUUGUCUUGGCUCGGCCGGCACUCUGCAGCGCACAGCGCACCAGCACGCCCAUUCUCCCUCACUCUAUUCAUUCAGCAGAGACAGGAGGAAAAAAAAAGACAAGGGGGAGGGGGCAGGGGGUACAACACGACUCUUACGUGAGUGGGACAGAGACGCAGACAGGUCCGUCUCUUUCCAACUCGUUGGGCAGGGCCGCGUCGUCCGGAGGCGGGCGGGCCGGCGGCGGGCCCCGACCCGUGACAGAUGACGACUUUACAACUUUCAGCUGCGCUCCCGCCCGGCCUUGCCUGGCCUUGCACUUGCCUGUUGGAGCCUGCGGGGCCGCGGCUAGGGGAAGGUCGUGUAAUGGUUUGCAUCGCUGCGUUCUCUGUCUAACCUUUUGGUGCGUCCUCAAUGAGAGGGAAAGAGAAGAAUUACAGUCUCGUCAGUUGCGGGAUGGCCCCCUUCGGAGCUGUGUGGGGUGUGGGGUAUCCUAACGGACCGGCCCAGGCCGAGCGCAGGCCGAGAGUCGGCCGAUAGGGAAUGACCAAGGGCUUGGGGUGGUUCCGGUGAGUUUACAGCAUUGCGGCACGUGACUGCAACAGCCAAUAGGAUGCGCGAAAAUCUGAGCGGCAAGCGCACCCCUGGGGUCUCGCUCGCCCCCGCCCGGUCUAGUCCUCCAGUGCUCCUCGCCGCGACAAGUGCGUACUCUUGCUGCCGCGGUGUCGGCGUUGGCGCGCGCGCUCCGGACUGUUCACCGCUACCGUGUCAUCAUUUGAUUGUGCUUCAUUGUACCUGUGCUCCGGUGUUACCUGUGCAUCUCAGUGAGGAUCCUUUGUGAUUUUGUGGACCCCCUCCUGUGAAGGACAAUUUAGUUUUAGUCUCCGCCUCCACCCACACCCGGACCUCUUACCUGUGCGUGGCGCGCGGCAUCUCUUGUUGUGAUCACCUAAGUGUUUGAGGUUUACCUGUUGAUUAUGGGUCCCCAUGAUCGCAACCGCCGCUUCAAGGAGGACUGGAAGAAAGGCAAACCUUGGCUGGAAGAAAAAGAUGGGAAAGCCCAUUGCAAAUACUGUAAGCACACAUUUAAGGAUAAUCGAAAAUCUGCUGUCGAUGAUCACGGGACAACCCUGACUCACUCUAAAAAUGCAGCACACUGGAAUCGGCGACAGCAGCCAACAUUGGCCAAUAUGGGUGCUGUUAGAAUUAUCGAUAAGGAGGUCAAGUUGAUUGACCUCGUGCUGACAGUGUUUGUGGCGUGUCACACCGCCGUGCGCAGCGUUGACCAUCUUGGCGAGCUGCUGCGGAGGUUGGGCACGGGGUCAAAGCUUCAGCACUUGCGCAUGCACCGCACCAAGUGCUCCAUGCUAAUAAAAAAUGUGAUUGCACCUGCCAUGCUGACCGACUUGGUGAGGGACAUCGGCGAUCGGCCGUUCUCCCUCAUCAUAGACGAAUCCACGGAUGUCUCGGUCGUCAAGUACCUCGCCUUCAUGGUGAGGUACCACAGCCCUACCAGAAAGGCAGUUGUGACCGACUUUCUGGGCUUCGCUGAGGUGUACAGGGCUUUUGCCGUAUCCCUGUACACCCUCACAAAGGAGUAUCUGCAGGAGGUCGGUCUCCGCAUCCAAAAUCUGGUGGGGCUGGGCACGGACGGGGCAGCCAGUAUGUGCAGUGCAGUGCAUGACAACUCGUCCGUGUAUUCCUUGCUGAAGAGGGAUGUCCCCAACUUACAGCUUGUGAAGUGUGUGUGUCACACGCUGCACUUGGCCGCAUCACACGCCUCAGAUGUGCUCCCAGAGGACCUGGAGUUCCUCGUCCGGGAGACGAGAAACUGGUUCGCUUCGAGUCCUCUGCGGAGGCAGAACUAUGAGGCGUUGUUCAAGGCCAUGAACGACGGGGACAUGCCGCUAAAGCUAGUGCAGCUUUCGGGUACGCGGUGGUUGGCUUGGUCGAGAGCUCUGGCCGUGAUCACCGCGCAGUGGGACGAGCUGAAGGCACACUUCGAUCAGCUCAUCCCCACCCUUCGCGCAAGCGACAAGUGCGUGAAGGGCCGGAGGCUGCACGCCCUCUUCCAGGACCCGUGCAACCGACUCUACCUGCUGUUCCUGAAGCCAAUCACAGCAGAGGUUGCAAGGGUCAAUGCCCUGUUUCAGGGCGACAACAUCGAGGUUACCAGAGUUUUUAUGGAGCUUCGAAAUGUUGUCUAUGGAUUGUUGCGACACAUUCUAAAGCCCAGCAGGAUCCCUUUCACCAGGGAUGAGGAUGCAUUCCAGAGGGAUUCGGAUAUCGCAACAAUCCUUGGGGCCCUCGAGGACGGCACUGCAUAUUUGCCGUACUCAUCAAUGAGCUGCUUCGAGGGGGGCUUCAUACAGUUGCUGGGGCAGCUGAACGGCGCUGGCGCUCCCGGCGAUAGAGUCGUCGACAGCGCCAAGCUCGCUGGGGUGCAGGGGAAGUGCGUCGAGUACCUGCACCACCUGUGCCGCGAGCUUGUGACGCUGUUGCCGGACACGAAGCUGCUGUGUGAGGCCCUGUCCGGCUUCGUCCCCGCGACAGCCCUAUGCCCUGUGAGGACCAGCCGCUUCCCAUUCCAUAAACUGCCGUUGUCAUUACUUCCUCGUGGAGUGGACAGGGAUGACCUCAGGUCUCAAUGGGAGCGGCUGCCGAGUGUUGAUUGGAAGGCGUAUUUUGGUGGCGAAGUGCCUUCCAAAUCGACAGAUUUCUGGUGUGGCGUGUAUGAGUAUUGUGAGAACGAGGUGCCAGUUUUCCGGCUUAUCGCCAACUUUGCCCUUCGUGUCCUGUCGCUCCCAUUUUCGAACGCCGUCGUCGAGAGGGCGUUCAGUGUCAUGAACGCCAUCAAGACGAAGGCGCGCAACAGAAUGGGGUUGGAGAUCCUCAUGGCCAUCAUGCGGAUUCGGCUCCGCGUCCUUUGGAGUGGAUGCUGCAAAAAAUUUGAGCCUACAGACGAAAUGUACGCUCUCUUUAAUAGCAGCAUGUACGAAAGAGUGAACAGGGAGCCCGCACCGCAUGAUGAUCCUGAUGAUCCUAACGAUGAACAUGACGCGUUCGGCGAAGUUGAUGAUAUACUGCCUCACGAUACUGAUACAGGCCCCGUCAUUUCUAUUGCAGAUGUAUUAUUAUUGUAAAUUAUUUGUUUUGUAAGUUUAAGUUAUUUUCAAUUUCUACUAAUUUGGUUUUUUAUUAUUCUCUGUGUAUAUAAUAUGCCCUUACAUUGCAGAUAUAUUAAGUUUGUAAAUAAUUUAUUUGUGAGUUGAAGUU